AUGAUGGUCGAACCGGGGUUCCCAUCAUCACCCACUGUGGUCGAUCCGAGGUUCCCACAUGGACAUAUUGUGGUUGAGCAGGGGCUCCCACACGAGUACAACGUGGACGGACAGGAGUCCCCACGCGAGAGCAUGAUGGUCGAACCGGGGUUCCCAUCAUUACCCACUGUGGUCGAACCGAGGUUCCCACAUGGGCGUAUUGUGGUUGAGCAGGGGCUCCCACACGGGUUUACGGCGGCCGAGCAGGAGCUCCCGCAUAAUUGUCGACGGUCGAGUUUGGGGUUCUCCCCUUCGAGUAGUGACUCGAAGCACGAUGGGGACAACAGCACCGUGAAUUUAGCGUUGAAAUGUGUCCACGCUAUCGUGUACGUGGAAGGGAGUCCACAAAGGCGCCAAUAUAUCGAAGUCGAGAGCCCUCCUCGUGAUGCGUCUUCCAUUACCAGCCUUCCAGGGCUUUCCUGGAAGCAUUUCCUACGUGACCUUAAGGGAGGCACUGUGGAACAAGUGUGUCUAAUCACCAACGAGGUGGUUACCGUGGAAAACGAGGAGCAUAUGGCGCGUCCUCGAAGCGCUGAGCCGAAAUCAGCGCGUGAAGAAAGGUUUGCAUCACAGUCAUGGGAGGCUCUGCGAGAGUCUGGUAACCCUGUCAACGACAUUGCUCGUGAGUAUGCAGACGUGUUCCCGGACAAGAUCCCAACUGAACUUCCUGUGUACCGUGGUGUUCGGCACGAUAUUGAUCUCGUGCCAGGGCCGAAGUAUUGUAUGACAUGGCAGUGGCCGUUGCCUCGAGAUCAAGUCGAAGCUAUCGACACAUUCUUCGAAGGACGCCCCAAAGCGGGUCAUGUGCGUGAAAGUAUCUCACCACAUUCGAGUCCAACCUUCUGCGUGAAGAAGGCUACGGGAGGCUGGCGGAAGUGCAUGCGUUUAAUAAGCUGA